AUGGCUAUCUUCGACUCAGAAAAGCGCCCUCGUGGCCUUCGCGUGCCCUCUCUCGCAGCAUUCAAGUCUUUCCAGAAGAAAUCGUCGGAAUCUGUGCCCACCGAGCCUGUGCCCUCCGGGGAGUCAACUUCGCCUAAAGCGACAGCCUUCCCUACCCCUCCACCACCGAAGCCGGCGCCCCCGCCGGGCAAGGACCUCCCAGUGCCCCCGAAAGAGGAAAUUCCCACACCGCAGACCUCAACCAACAACCCAUACUUCCCUCCGAUCCCCUCCCAAAAUGCAGUCCCAGAACGACGCCCAAUUGAACGGGUCCCCAAUCCAACGCAGUCUCCUCCCCCUCGGAUGACAGGCCUGCGAAACAAGAAAUCACAGCCCGAUUUCCACGUACCCCAACAACAGACAACAAACUAUUUCGCGCCCCAAGCUCCGGCCGACGAGGCCAACUCCCCCCCGCUGGAAGACUUCAUCCCGACCCCGGACAGCGCCGAACCGCCACUAACAGUGUCUGAACUGCCACGCGAUGAGCUGUCCCCUUCGCCCUUCGUACCACCGGAUGUUGAACCCGUGGCGCCGAAAUUGAACGAAAUCCACCUCACAUGCUACCAGCAACACCGCGCUAUGCCCGUAGCGCAGAAUGCGUGGUGUCCGCUGCCGUGCAUGACUUGUCAGAAAUUUGACAUUGAGAUCCGGCACCGUUGUGUGUUCUGUUGCCUGCGCAUCUGCGAGUCGUGCUAUCAGACUCUGCAAAAAUGCAAGAAUCGAUCCGUCGAAGAACUGGUCGAUCGGCUGGUCGUCUGA